AUGAGAAGGCUGGUACAGAUGAAAGCGCCACGUCUUGCUAAAGUUGUUGUUAGUAAAUGUGGGCCAUUACUGAAAGAGAGCACUGCCUACACGACAUCCUUUAUUGGCUCAAAACCACAAAAGCCGCACGAAGUGAAGCCAAUGACUAGGGAACUCGUCGAACAUAUGCGAACGUUGCGGAAUUGUUGGUCUCAGAUCGCAAAUCGAACUUGUUCAGCUGCUUCUGAAGGGGAAUCCUGCUGGAAUGGCACAAAUAUCGUCAGAUUACAACAUGCUGCUGAUGAUCUCAGUCUUGGCAUUAAAGACGUUCGUCCACGUCCAAAGGUCAGUUUUGAUUACGUUUCCGUUGUUAUCGAUUAA